AUAAACAAAUGUCUGUGGCCUGGAACAAACAACGUUUUCAACACAAUUUUAACUCCCACUUUUUGUAAAUCAGCUGUUAAUUACCAAGUAAAUGGCCCUCGCUCUUCAACACACCCUCCGGCGUCUCGCCCGACAAUCCGGCCUUGCUUCGGUCCGGCUGUUCCACGACGAGUUCAUCAAGCCCAGUCCUCCCACGGUCAGAAAAGGAAACCCAAGCAAUAUUGCAGCAGAACCACGCGUUCCCGCCGCCGGUUCCAUCGCCAACAAGUAUCAAGUUUUCCGGGACAUAGACGCAACGGUGAUUCUAGACGUGGAAGAAGAACGGCAACUCCAGCAGAACUUGGAGGAAAGCACGGUGGAUGAGGCGGAACCACAGCCGGGCAAUGCUUUGCCGAGCGUUUUCAGCGGUAUUAAUCUGCAGCGAGGCAAAACCGGCGUGUACGACAUCGAUGACCUGGUGACGGUUCUACGACUCAACAACGCCGAGAACGUCUUUGUGUGUUCCGUCUCGCAGGAGAUCAAGUACGUGGAUUACAUCUGCGUUGUGACCGGGAUGAGCUUCCGGCACAUGCGAGGUAUCGCGGAAUUUGUGCGGAAGAUCUUUAAAAUGAAGCGCGCGCCGUCGGACAUCAUACCGAAGAUUGAGGGUGAAAACAGUCGCGACUGGAUGGCGUUGGAUCUGGGCAACAUCGCUCUGCACAUCUUCUCCGAACAGGCCCGGGAGCAGUACGACCUGGAAUCGCUGUGGGCCGUCGGGGCGAAGUACGACCGGGAGUGUAACAAGCCAGCGGAACCGCUGGUGGAGCUGUUCGAGCGACAUUCGGUUUAUCUGAACGAUUUGAAACCGCUGAAGAAGGAGAGGACAACGGUGGACGGGGAGCAAACGUCGGGGUGAAGCGGUUUGGGGUUCGUUAUGGACCUGUGUUAGCUUGUUAAAUAUAGAAUUUUAAAUCUUAA